AUGGCCAACCAAGGCCUUCUCGAAGCGGCCCGGAAAGGCGACCUGGACGAAUUGAAGAGGCUCCUGGCUUGUGGAGCCGACAAGGAUGCAAAAGGCAGUUCUGGUGGGACGCCGGUACAUCGGGCAGCUGGCCGCGGCCGCCUGACAUGUCUCCAGGAGCUGCUGGCACGGGGCUCCGACAAGGAUGCGAAAGAUGAAGACGGUGAGACCCCACUGCAUUGGGCAGCUCGUCACAGACACCUCGACUGUUUGAAGGAGCUGCUGGCGUGGGGUUCCGACAAGGAUGCCGCGGACGCAAUGGGCUAUACUCCUCUGCAUCUGGUGGCUCGCAACGGCCAUGUGGAGGGCAUCCGUGAGCUCCUCGCGGCCGGUUGCGACAAGGAGGCCCGAGGCAACGAUGGCUCCACUCCACUGCAUCUGGCAGCAAGCAACAACGAGGUGAAGUGUGUCCGCGAGCUCCUGGCAGCCGGUUGUGACAAGGAGGCCCAAGACAACCGUGGCGACACGCCGUUUGACCAAUCAAGGAAAGAUUGGUGUAAGGCGUGUCUGGCCACGCAGGUGCAUUGCACCCUCCUGGCAUCGACAUCCCUGGUUGCAGAUGAAGAUGCCCGGCGACAGCUGGAAGUGGCCUGCGCCGCCUUCCGUGCAUGCAUCGCAACACACCGUCACCCAGACAACACCUCUAUAUCGCUGGUCCUCUUCGGCGAUUCCGAGGCAGAGAUCCAGCUUGACCACCGGCAGGCAGGUGAACUGCGAGGCUUCACUCCGGGACCGGGACGACUUGCGACCAGUUGCACAAAAUCGUCCUUUGCAUGGCGAACAUGCACAAGCCUGCUUCGCAAGUCCUCGAAAUUCGCCUACGAGUAUAUUCUACUCUUCACAAGCACUCCCCUCGAGCCACCGGCUGACUAUGACAUCCACAAGAUGCUACAAGAACAUGGCAGCCGCUUGGGCGUGGUUGUUGGCAUCAGCGUAGGCACAGCAGAAGGUGCCAGCACAGGGCUGCCGCUCCGGCUAUUGCGGGAUGCCGGCGUCGAAGCCCGAGUCCUGGCGGCUGGCAGCGAAGAGGUACUUUUGGAGGCUGUGAGCGUAGCAGCUGCUGACGUCGAAGUCCAUCGCGGGCGAGGAGGCAUCUGCAGACUCUACGUCAACCAGAUUUCCGGAGAACGCAUCGCGGAGGCAGAUCGACAAGGUCUCCGGUCUAUUGCGGAUUUGCAGGGGAAGGUCAAAGGUGCAGUGAGGGAGCACCUCAAGAGCGUUGGCAAGGUGCCCGAGGAGUGGAGCUGGAAGCUUGUGCUGGGCGAUGCCAGCACUCCUGCAGACAGUUUCGAAGUCGCUAGCAUCCCUUUGUCUGCAGCUUUGACAUUGGUGCUGUUCGACGAGAUCAAGGCUCACGUCGACGCCUCGGACCUGCCAGAAGGUCAGAAAAGGAUGCUGGACAGACACCUUCGGCUCAUACUUGGGCACUUCAAUGAGCUCCCGGACCACCUGCGCCGGGAGCUGGAUGAAGAUGCCAUAGUGCUUCUCCGCCUCUUAUUCCAGCUCCCAUCAAGAAUCCUGGCCGCCUUCUUGACAAAGCCGGAUGUGGCAGUCCAAGUGCUAAAGACGGUCCCUGCCAACUCUGUGGAUGCUUUUCGGCGCGAUCCCCUGACGUUCAUCCGUGAACACCUGGAAGAGGAGGGGGUGCAGGUCGAGCAGUGCGCUGGCACGGAAGAGGCCGCGGGCGACGAUCUUUCGGAUCCGAACGGCCUGGUCGACUUCCUCAUAGAUGCAGAUAUUCGCCUAGUACGCCUGGAGUACUUGGUCGAGCUUCUUGAGUCGGGGAGGGCUCUGCCUCGGCGUCAAGAGGCCGAGCAGGAGAGUAUCAAAUUGGGCGCGUCGGCCCUCGUUACAGCCACCGAGCUGCAACAGGUGGAGAUCAACUGCGAGACCUUCCACGUCUCCAUCAUGCUCUCGCAUCCAGCGCCAAGACGGGUCACCGUCCAUUUCGUAUCGGUCAGCCAUGUGUGGGAGAGCAUGCAGCAUCCAGAUCCCUGGAGGUUCCAGCUUCAGUCCGUUGUCGACAAGCACCGCUCUCGCCUCGUGGAUUCAGUGGUGUGGGUUUUCUUCGACUUCCUCUCUCUCUACCAGUACGAUAGAGACCAGGAUCAGGACCGAGUCUUUCGGCAGGCGCUCAAGGGCAUGCACCUGCUCUACUCCCACGAGGCCGUGGAAGUCCAGAGGAUCGAAGUCCUCACUCCGAAAGAGCUUCAGGACGACUGCCUGGCGACGAACGGUUCACGCAUCCCGGUGUACUGGGAGGAUGCAAAGAAAGUGACGGACGUCUCAAUCUCUCAGCUUAAGAUGAAUCGCACGCCCUACAGCCUUCGGGGCUGGUGCCAAGCGGAGAGACAGUGGGCGGCCCUCAGGGCUUCGAUUAAAGGCGAGUUCCCAGUGCCACUCCCGCCCCAGAUCUUCCGAGAUCGAAUGCGGCAGCUGCUGUUUACGCACCGAGAGGAUUCGCACAUCGUUUUCGAGCUUCAGGAGAAAAUCUUCCGACAGAAGGCCGCCACCACCACAAGGCUGCUCGCAGAAGGCCUUGACACCGAGAAGAUCGCGGACCUCGCUGCUGCCUUGCCUUUUUACUCGAAGCUGACAGAGGUGGUGCUAAUGGAUAUUCCAGAGAACACUGCAUGGAAAGUAACCGCGGCUGCAGUGCAGUCUGGCGCCUGCGACGUGCAGAUCGAGUGCGACGAGUUUUCAGAUGAGGAUGCCGCCAAGUUAUCGGCGGCUCUGUUGGCGGCGGAAUCGCAGCCUUUGGACCGGCUGCACCUGAGGUGCAACCGUCUCGGAGAAUCGUGCCGGAAGACGCUGGAACAGAUGAUGAAGCAUCGCCGGACAUUUUCGAAGGCUUCCUAUGAUCUCGUCAUCGAAGGCAGAGUCCGCAAAGAGGGCCAUGGUGGAGACGCGUCCGAGCAGGGUCAGCCUGAGCAGACGAGCUCAACGCUACGCAUCUUGGUUCACAAACGAGUACUUGAAGUGGCUCGGCUCACUGAACAAGCCAACCCCGUGCUGCUGACUGCGCCAAGAGACACCGGCAAGCGAGACAAAGCCGUGCGUCUCAGGCUGACCACAACGUCUAAAUACAUCCUUGAGGCAAGAUUCACUGCAUCAGAUGGCCCUUUUCGUUUGCUGAAAAAUCACGAGUCUGAACUACGCGGCCUAGAAGGUGUUUCGUAG